UGCUGGGCUCUGCCAGGGAAGGAGGGAGGCACAGAGGGUCGGAGCGCGGACAGGGGGAGGAAGGAGAGCUCGAGGGAGGCCGGGAGGUGGCGGGGAGGGGAUGGGCCUGGCGGCGGUGAGGCUGGGCCUGCUGCUGGGCGGGGAAGCGGCACCGGUUUCCCCGUACAUGGAUGGGAGGCGUGCGUACAAACACACGGACCGGGAGGCAUCCCUACAUUCUGGAAAGGAUCGGAGAUAUCUCUCUCCUGGGAGAAGUAGGUUCAUUCGGAAACGAGGCUGGAAGGAGAACCGCCUGUUCCUGCGUUCCCAGGGGUCUCCUGGGGAAGAACCAUGUGGCAGUGGGGGGCAGCUCCCUUCUGGUGGGGGCAGGGUGCUCCGAAACACUACAGCAGGGCAAGGACCUCUGUUGGAGCGUCGAUGCAGGAGACCCCCUGCUGCGGGUCCAUCCCGGGCUCGGCUCUUCUCUGGAUCCUUUCAAGAGUCACUCCAGGGGUCAGAGAAGGAUACCCAUAGGAUUAAAUUAGAAGGGACUGUGGCAGCUAGUCAUGGGGGUCUGUUCCAGGGUGGUGCCUACCGCUGUGCCCGCUGUGGGAGGCACUUCCCUGGAUGGGCAGCCUUGCGGCAUCAUACUCGUCGGCGCCAUGGCCGUCCGCCUUUGCCCUGCCCUGAGUGUGGGCGUCGAUUUCACCAUGCUCCUUUCUUAGCCUUACACCGCCUGGCCCACUCUGGUGCCACAGCCAUACCUCCUGCUACAGGUUUCCUCUGCCAAGUCUGUGGGCAGAAUUUCAGGAGUUGGGCAGCUCUUGCACUGCAUGGCCAGGCUCAUGCCUCAUCUGCCCGAGCAGUCGCCUGCCCCAAGUGUGAGAAACGCUUCAGCCGAGCCUCCCAAUUGCGGGCACACCUGCGGCAGAACCACCCUCCAGCCCCACCACCUCGCCGUUUCAUCUGCAGUGGCUGUGGUCAAAGCUUUGCACAGUGGGCUGAGCUAGUUGCCCACAAGCAGAUUCAUGUGGCUGAAGCACAGGCGUCAGAAAAAGUCCUUGCGCCUCGGCCCCGGGGCCGCCCGGCACUUACUGCUGCCCAGCCAGGUGGUGAUGCUGCUGACCGACCCUUCCAGUGUGCCUGGUGUGGCAAAUGUUUCCGUCACAAGCCGAACCUCAUUGCCCACCGCCGUGUGCAUACUGGUGAACGUCCUCAUCAGUGCCCUGAGUGUGGGAAACGGUUCACUAAUAAGCCCUACCUGACCUCCCACCGUCGAAUUCAUACCGGUGAGAAGCCUUAUCCCUGCACUGAAUGUGGGCGCCGCUUCCGUCACAAACCCAACCUUUUGUCCCAUGGCAAGAUUCACCGGCGCCCUCAGGGCUCUGCAGAGGCCACCAGUAGCCAAGGGAGUUUACAGCUUCCACCUCAGCUAUUGGAGACUCGGCAAGAUCACGCCACAGACACCCAGCAGGACCAGGCCAUGGAUCUUCAGCAGGACCAGGCCAUAGACUCCCAGCAGGAUCAGUCCCCUCAGCAAGAUCUGGUGGACUCCCAGCAGGAUCAGGUUUUGGAUCCUCAGCCGGACCAGGAAGUGGAUCCUGCUGUCCCCUAUAGCUAUGAUGAGCAUGGUCGCACCUUCCGGAACCGAAGGUCUUUGCGAGGUCAGCAGCAGCUACAUCCUGGAGAUCGUCCUUUCAUAUGCAGUGAAUGUGGAAAGAACUUCAGUAAGAAGACCCACUUGGUGGCCCACAUCCGUAUCCACUCAGGUGAGCGGCCCUUUGCUUGCCUGGAAUGUGGGCGCCGUUUCUCACAAGGAAGUCACCUGGCAGCCCACCGACGUGACCAUGCCCCAGAGCGGCCCUUCAUUUGCCCUGACUGUGGCAAGUCCUUUAGGCACAAGCCCUAUCUGGCGGCCCACCGCCGCAUCCACACAGGUGAGAGGCCUUAUGCCUGUCCUGACUGUGGCAAGGCCUUCAGCCAGAAAUCCAACCUUGUGUCCCACCGGCGCAUCCAUACAGGUGAGCGGCCUUAUGCUUGCCCUGAUUGUGAGAGGCGUUUCAGUCAGAAAUCCAACCUCAUCACGCACCGCAAGAGCCAUGGUCGAGAGGGGCCAUUCAUCUGUGCCACCUGUGGUGAGGGCUUCAGUCAUGAGCAAAAGCUCCUGACCCAUCAGAGGAAGCAUGUGGCCUGAGCUGGUGGAAGCGGGAGAGCAGAGAGAGGGAGACAAACUUUGGGGUGUAGGCAAAGGUCAGGGACAGAGGUGUCAUGAUGGAGAAGGGGUGGAGGAUGUUAGUGAUGGUGAUGGGGUGAGGGAUGGGAGGCUUCUAGUGGAAGCUGGUCAGGACCCUGGAGAGAGGACUGCCUUGCCCCAACGGGCCUGUUAGAAAUUUCCAGGUACCCCAAGCUGUUCCCACCUCACUGGAAGUUCUGCUUCUCUUUCCCCCCCACCCCGGGGAAGAAGUAUUUGAAAAGAAGAUAUAUCAGCAGCUGGAGAGAAUGAGGAAAACGUUUGGACAUAUGCAAAGACCUCUAAUACUUUAGGCAGCAUCUGGAUUUAUUCAGAUAUCUCCAGGGAAGGAAAUGCCCUAAUGGCAUCAGUUUCUGGCAGCACCUGAUUUCUCCCAUCCCCUUCAUGCUCUUCUCCCCUGCUCGGCACCCCCUUUCCUUCAUCUUUCCUUUAUGUGUACGUAGCCUUCUCUCUUCUCUCAGCUGUUUUCAGCUUUAGAUCGUCUCAACACAGUUUUCUCCCUUCCCUCCUUGUUUAAUUUUCCAGGUAAAGAUUUUGUCUAAAUCCCUAAGUCCCCUUUUUAGUUCUAGCUUUCAUUACUGUACUGGAGAGAAAGAAGGAUACUGGGUUUCUAAUAAUGAAUCUAAGAAGGGCAAGUGGAAAAGCCCUGUGGAGUAGGCCAGGUAUGGGAUAGGCAUGGAAGAGAUCUCAAGAGCCUGUCGAAAUGGACAUUAAAGUUCACCUAGUUCUCAGCUAAUUCAGGAGUUUCUUACCACGUCUCUUAGACCAGCCUCUGCUUGAACACUUCCAGUGGUGGGGGUUGAGAAACUUUUGAAGGUAGUUCAUUCUGUUACUGAAUAUCUAUUUGUUAGAAAUUUCUUUAUUACUUUAAAUGAAAGUAUAUUUCCCUGUACUUUUUACCCGUUGCUUCUAGUUCUGUCCUCUGGAGCCAAGCCAUUUCCCUCAAGUCCCAGGGUAUAAAACUGAUUUCCAGCUAUAGCUGAAUGUAUUCUCUCACUGUGUUGAGUUGCAAAGGAAUGAGGUCUGAGAAAGCUGUUUUCCAAGGGAAAUGUGUGCAGAGGUAGAAACACAGACAAUAAAAUAAACAUCAGUGGGACUUGGGGUGGUGGAUGAAGGAGAAUGGUUUCAAAGAUCAAGUCAGAUUCCUUGCUCGAAAGAUUCCAGAGUCCCGUAGACUAAAGUUUCUUGUAGCUGGAAAUCUCAAGAGGAUGUAGUGGCUUAAGCCCUGAGAUUGUGAUAAUGUUCUAGGAGGGCAAAGUGAAAACACUCCAGGGCUCUCUGGCAAGCAGAUAGAACUGGGCUGAAAACCCAGGUCUCCAGGGAGCUUAUCUUCCUAUUCUUUGGCUCUGGGUCAUCUCCAGUUGUCCUGAUCUAUAUCUUGCCACUGGACCCAGAUGGCUCAGGAGGAGAAAGUGAGGCUAUUGACUUUGCGCAGCCCCGCUUCACUUAAAUCCGAUUCACUUGUAAGUCAUGGCAUUACUUUCCUAAUGCCGUGGUUCUCUUCGAAAAUGAAGUUCAAACAACAGACUAAACUAGGGAAGGUAAAACCGUCUUUAUUGCUGACUUUACUGUUAUCAUAGGAUCAAAGAUUUAGAGCUAGAAGAGAGAACAGGUUAGAGGUUAUCUAGUCCAAUCUUGGCUUUUACAGGUAAGAAAAUGAGCUCCAUAGACUUGCUUAUGGUCACAUAGGUAGUAAGUGACAAACAAAAUACACAUUUGGGUUCUCUAAAUUCAGCAUCAUCAGUGUGAUUAAGAUGUUAGAAGGUUUGUAGACUUUUGUUAGAUUUUGCUCUUUGCAUCUAUGCCCACCUAGUGGGUACUCAAGAUGUGACUUUAGUAGGUAAGGUGGUUCUAGGCUAAUAACAGUUAUCACAAGACUCGGCUAACUUUACUUUGGUGUCAAUUCAUAUUACAAAAAAUGCACAUACAUAUGUAAAUGAGGUCAGACAGGACCUCUAUAAAUGUUUUUUCCUGCCCUCCAUGGGAUCUUUAAUUCCCAAUAUUACAAAUCAUACUACUUUAUGUUUAGUUAUUGUGCACAUGCUUCAGAUUUAUGAACUUAGAGAAUAUUAGAACUGGAAGAAGGGAUCUUCGAUAACUGUAGUGUUUGGGACUGGCUUCCCUGUGCCGUCAUACUUGAUACUCUCUACUUUGGCUUCCAUGCUGUUGCAUUUUAUUCAUUUUACUUGUUAACUAUCCUUAGUCCCUUUCUCUGGUUGCUUCUUCAUCCUCUUUCCCCUUAAUCAUAAGUGUCCCUCAAGACACUUACCCUCUUUACUUUGGUUUGACAAUAUUUUCUGGUCCCAUGGCUUCCGUUACCAUGUCUGUGCAGGUGACUCCCAUAUCAUUUCUGGUCAAACUGGGUAACUUUUCCCCAUUAAUAUCCUGUUCCUCGCCUAGCCUUUCCCAUCCUCAUGGGAAAUAGACUCUUUCCUAGAGCUCCAGCUUCAUAACUCCAGCUGCCCACUGUGAAUCUCCAUCUUUGUGUUCUACUGGUACAUCAAAAUCAGUCUGCCCAAAACUGAGCUCAUCCUAUAAGCUACAAAACCUUUUCUCGCAUCCUGUAUGAUGUAACCACCAUCCUUUCAGUUACUAACUUGCCUUUUUUCUUAAACUUCUCUUCCCAUCUCCCACCCCCAUAUCUAGUCAGUUAUCUGGUCCUGACAAUUCUGCCUGCACGUUGUCCCCCAUUGUAGUUUAGGGCCUCAUCUCUCUUUGUCUGGGCUAUUGUAAUAAUCUUCUAACUGAUCUUCAUGCUUCCAAGCUAUCCCCUCCUUGCUGCUUGAGCAAAUUUUUUAAUGCACUGCUUUGAUCAUGUCAUUUCUCAGAAAUCAUCAGUAGUUCCCGAUUACCAAGGAAAGUAUAAACUCUUGAUCCUGGCAUUUGAGGUAUUCCAUAAUCUGUUUCCACCCUACCUGUCUAGCAUCAUAUUUCCCUUAACAUUCUAAGCUAGGUUUUGCUCUCCCCCAUUUUACCUCGCCCCCACCCAUCUCUGUUCCUCACGAUGUCUUCCAUUUUUGUAAUAGACCUUAUGCUUCCCCUGCCACCCACCCCCAUCUCUGUUUGUUGCAGAGUCCUUUCCUUGAACACCCAGUCAGGUUUCAUCUCCAUAAAACUUACCUAACCACCCUCUCCCACCACCCCCAAGUGAAUGUGACUUUUCCUUCCAUUUUUUCUGGACUUUUACAUUUUAUCUCUCUCACCCCUUGUAUCACUGUUAUUUCUGUACCUGUCUGUUCCCUUGUUAGAUUGUAUGCUCCUUAAGAGCAGGGUCUGUGUUGUGUCUCUGUAUUCCUAAAACCUAGAAUAGUUCACAUAGGAGGUGCUUAAUAAAUGUGUGUUCAGUUGAAUUAACUAGUCCAACCCCCUCGUUUUGCAGAUGAGGAUGCUGAGGUUCAGAGAGGUGGGAAGCCUUGUCCAGGGUUACACAGCUAGUUUGUGGCAGAGCCUGGACUAGGACCCAGGUUGGUGCUAGUUCUGCUUCCCCCACUAUCACUUACCUACUAGAUUGUGAAGUCCUGAAGGGCAGAGACUGUCUGAUAACUCUGUAUCCCCCCCCCCCCAGCAAGUAAAACAUAAUAAAUAUGUUGGAUCAAUGAA